CAAACUCAUCUUCGGGCUCAUACCAUCAAAUGACAUGGAAGAAUGGGUGGACGGCAUGGAUGAAACACAUACAUCCUAGUAGGGCCUACAGAGCACCCACCAGCGUUGGCAAGAUGAGUAGCCAAUCCGUUUCCCAAACAUGAAGUGGGAUAGCAUCCAAGCCAUGGGAUUAGAGGACAAUCCUGACACAGUGUAAUCAUUAUAUUUUGGUAAUUCCAUCCCACUUAAACUCAUCUAAUCCCAUGCUCUAAACACCUCCUUAAUAAGUUACUUAUGCCAUAAUAGUGUAUCUUGGUUUCUACUUAAUAUAUUGAUAAGUUAUCUUUGGUAAACAGCAUACUUACCGUCUGAAACAAUUCCCAUUUCCUUAAAUAUUAGCAAGACGAGUGACACUUUCUUCCAUUGAGCUUCUUUCUUACACUGCUGUGAUCAAUGGCUAUUAUCAUACUCCUUUGCUUCCUACUCCAACUACUUUCUUCUUCUUUUCAUUUCUCUGUUGCUCAAACUCAAGCUACAGACGUAACCUUGGGCUCCAUCCUCUCUGCUGGAAACACUUCGGCCUCAUGGCUCUCUCCUUCCGGUGACUUCACAUUUGGGUUCUAUCCUGUCCUUGGAGGCCGCUUCCUCGUUGGGAUUUGGUUUCACAAAAUCCCAGAGAAAACCCUUGUUUGGUCUGCGAAUCGGGACACUCCAGUCAGAGAAGGAUCCACCCUUGAGCUAACCCGCAGCGGUUGGCUUGUUAUCAAAGAUCCACAAGACAAUGGUGACUUCCAUAUCAACAACAAGACCAGUGCGAAUUCAGCGUCCAUGAAAGACAACGGCAAUUUUGUACUAAGGAACUCAAAUUCUUUGGUCAUAUGGCAAAGCUUCGAUUCCCCAACCGACACCGUAUUGCCAGGUCAAGUUCUAAAUAUGAACCAAGAGCUUUUCUCCAAUGACAAUGGAACCUACAACUACUCAACAGGAAGAUAUAAGUUGAAGAUGCAAGAGGACGGGAAUCUCGUUAUGUCUGCAGCCCAAUCCGCUGAGCGUGGUUACUGGUGGACAGCCGAAACCAAUGAAUUAGGACGAAACCGGAGUUUCAUUUUUAAUGAGAGUAGUGCACUCAUGUACAUCAUCGAUAAGACAGACAUCACCCACAAUGUAACGGGUAAUAUACAUCCACCCGAACCUAUUAGAGAUUACUACCAUAGGGCUAUGAUCGAUGACAAGGGUAAUUUCAAGCAAUAUGCUUACCGGAAAGUUAAUGGGACGUGGUCAGUGGUGUGGACUGCGGUUAGUAAUCCUUGCAAUCCAACAGCUCUUUGUGGCGAGAAUGGCUACUGCGUUUUGGAUGACAAGAAGGGACCGAGCUAUCGAUGCCUCGAAGGGUACACCCGAUUAGAUUUGCACCGCCCGUGGAAAGGAUGCAACCCGCAGCCGAGUUGCGAAGUGAAAUCGUCGACGGUAUAUCAGAUAAACGAUGUUGAUUUCUCUAAUAGUGGGGAUGAAGAUCUUGCCCAAAUAACACCCUCAGACGAAGAGAGCUGCAAAAAGGCCGUCAUGGAUGACUGUUUCUCCAUUGCUGCAGUCUUGCAAAAUGGGACAUGUACGAAGAAGAGAGAACCUCUGCAGAAUAGUAAAGUGGGAUCUAAUGCCAACAGACGAAUCGCUUUCAUAAAAGUCGCGACCAGUAAUGUCACAGCUUUACCCAACGAUGAAAGAAGGAAGUUGAGGUGUCUUGUAGCUGGGCUUGUAUCGAGCAGUAUUCUGGCGGUAUUGUUUGCAGUGCUGGCCCUCUACUUUUAUGUUUCUCGUAGUCCCAAGACAAGGGAACCCACUUCCAGUGAAAUAAACCUGUGGGCAUAUACAUACAAGGAGUAAGAAGCGACAGAAGGGUUCACAAGAAAGCUCGGCCGUGGGGCUUUUGGAACCGUUUACAGUGGUAUCCUACGGUCAGAGGGCGAACAGAUAGAGGUAGCCGUGAAGCAGCUAGAGAAGGUGAUAGAAGAGGGCGAGAAAGAGUUCAAGACAGAGUUGAGGGUAAUUGGUCGGACCCAUCACAAGAAUCUGGUCCGACUGCUGGGGUUCUGCGAUGAGAAUAGUCACAGACUUUUGGUUUAUGAGUUGAUGAAGGGUGGCUCUCUAUCUGAUUUCCUUUUCAGUAGGGAUAAUAAGCCCAGCUGGGGUGAAAGGGCCGAAAUAGCUCUUGGCAUCACUAGAGGCCUGUCAUACUUGCACGAGGAGUGUGAGACCCAGAUCAUCCACUGCGAUAUAAAACCGCAGAACGUGCUGCUCGACACAAAUUGCACGGCCAAGAUUGCAGACUUCGGCUUGGCAAAACUUCUGAUGAAAGAUCAAACUCGGACCAGCACCAAUGUCAGAGGGACAAUGGGGUACAUGGCACCUGAGUGGCUCAAGAAUUCACCCAUAACAAUGAAGGUGGAUGUUUAUAGCUUUGGUGUCAUGUUGCUCGAGAUCAUUUGUUGCAGGAGGCACAUCGAUCUGGAUAGGGUCGAAGAAGAGUCUGAGGAUGCAGAUUUAUAUAUAACAGACUGGGUCAUAAGCUGUAUGAAGGCUGGAGAACUGCCAAGGUUGGUGGAGCAGGAGGAAGAGGUCUUGAGUGACUUGAAAAGGUUUGAAAGGAUGGCCAUGGUGGGAUUGUGGUGUGUGGACCCUGACCCAGGUCUUAGACCAUCCAUGAAGAGGGUGAGACAAAUGUUAGAAGGGACAUUCCACGUAGGCGUCCCACCUCUGAUCACUGCAUAUUCAUUUAAUGAUAUGAUCUCAAACAUAACCUUGGGCUCCAUCCUCUCUGCUGGAAACACUUCCUCAUGGCUCUCUCCUUCUGGUGACUUCGCAUUUGGGUUCUAUCCUGUUGGCGGAGGCCUCUUCCUCGUAGGGAUUUGGUUUGAAAAAAUCCAAAUCCCCACGAAAACUCUUGUUUGGUCAGCAAACAGAGACAGACCAGUAAGCGAAGGGUCGACCCUUGAGCUAACCCGUAGCGGUUGGCUUGUUGUCCAAGGUCCGCAAGGCAGUGGUAGCUUCUAUAUCCACAACGGGACUGCUGCGAGUUCAGCAUCCAUGCAAAACGACGGCAAUUUUGUACUAAGGGACUCAAGUUCUAAGGUCAUAUGGCAAAGCUUUGAUUCCCCAACUGACACCCUACUACCAGGUCAAGUUCUAAACGAGAACCAAACGCUUUUCUCUAGCGCCGACGACUACUCGACGGGAAGAUAUAUGUUGAAGAUGCAAGAUGACGGCAAUCUCGUUAUGUCUGCACCCGGAUUCACUGAUCAAGGUUACUGGUGGACCACCGAAGGCGACAACUUGAACCGAAACCAGAUUCUCAUUUUUAAUGAGAGCAGCGCACUCAUGUACCUUGCCAUCAAUAACACAGACAUCAUCCACAACGUGACAGGUGGAAAACAUCCACCUGCACCCGUUGGAGAUUACUACCAUAGGGCGAUGAUCGAUGACAUGGGCAAUUUCAAGCAAUAUGCUUGUUCAAAAGUGAACGGGACAUGGUCAAUAGUAUGGAGUGCGCUCGAUAAUCCUUGCUAUCCAAAUGCUCUUUGUGGGGCAUAUGGCUACUGCGUUUUGGAUGGCAAUGAACCGAGAUGCCGAUGCCUCCAAGGUUACUCUCCAUUGGAUUUGAACAAUCGGUGGAAAGGAUGCUACGCCGACAUUCCGCUGCGGCAGAGUUGUGAAGCGGAUACAUCUGCGGUAUAUGAGAUGGAAGAUGCUGAUUUCCCUAAUCAUGGGUAUGCAGAUCUUUCCCAAAUAACAAACUCGGACAAAGAGAGCUGCAGAAAGGCUGUCAUGGAGGACUGUUCUUGCAUUGCUGCAGUCCUGGAAAAUGGGCGAUGUAGGAAGAAGAGAGCGCCUCUGCUGAAUGGUAGAGAGGGAUCUAAAUUUACGGGACGAAUCGCUUUCAUAAAGGUGGCAACCAGCAAUAAAGGAACCAAGAAGAGCCGUUAUUCUCAGGCACUUGUGGCUGGGCUUGUACCAAGCAGUAUCCUGGCUGUCUUGUUUGUAGUGCUUGCCCUCUACUGUUAUGUUGCUCGCAGUUCCAAGCAAAGGGAACCCACUUCCAGUGAAAUAAACCUGCGGGCAUAUACGUACAAGGAGUUGAAAGAAGCGACAGAUGGGUUCACAAGAAAGCUCGGCCGUGGGGCUUUUGGAACCGUUUACAGUGGUAUCCUACGGUCAGAGGGCGAACAGAUAGAGGUAGCCGUGAAGCAGCUAGAGAAGGUGAUAGAAGAGGGCGAGAAAGAGUUCAAGACCGAGCUGAGGGUAAUCGGUCGGACCCAUCACAAGAAUCUGGUCCGACUGCUGGGGUUCUGCGAUGAGAAUAGUCACAGACUUUUGGUUUAUGAGUUGAUGAAGGGCGGCUCUCUAUCUGACUUCCUUUUCGGUAGGAACGAUAAGCCAAGCUGGGGUCAAAGGGCCGAAAUAGCUCUUGGGAUCACUAGAGGCCUGUCAUACUUGCACGAGGAGUGUGAGACCCAGAUCAUCCACUGCGAUAUAAAACCACAAAACGUGCUGCUCGACACAAAUUGCACGGCCAAGAUUGCAGACUUCGGCUUGGCAAAACUUCUGAUGAAAGAUCAAACUCGGACCAGCACCAAUGUCAGAGGGACAAGAGGGUACAUGGCACCUGAGUGGCUCAAGAAUUUGCCCGUAACGAUGAAGGUGGAUGUUUAUAGCUUUGGUGUCAUGUUGCUCGAGAUCAUUUGUUGCAGGAGGCACAUCGAUCUGGACAGGGUCGAAAAAGAGUCUGAGGAUGCAGAUUUAUAUAUAACAGACUUGGUCCUAAGCUGUAUGAAGGCUGGAGAACUGCGGAGGUUGGUGGAGCAGGAGGAAGAGGUCUUGAGCGACUUCAAAAGGUUUGAAAGGAUGGCCAUGAUCCGCAGUUUCCUUGGUUUGGCGGGCUACUACCGACAUUUCAUUGAGGGUUUCUCUCGUAUUGUAGCGUCGCUGACCAGGUUGACUCGGAAGGGCGCAAAGUUUAUUUGGAGCGACGCCUGCGAGCGAGUAUUUAUGAAGUUGAAGGACCACCUCACGUCCGCUCUGAUCCUCACUCUUCCCUCUGAGAGUGAUGGAUUUAUUGUAUUUACUGAUGCCUCGCAUAUUAGUUUGGGUGAUGUCCUGAUGCAACACGGGAGACAAGUGGCCUUCGCGUCUCGUCAGCUCAAGGUCUAUGAGCUGAACUACCCCACGCAUGAUUUGGAGCUGGCUGCAAUUGUCUUCGCACUGAAGGUGUGGAGACACUAUCUCUAUAGGGUUAGGUUCGAGCUUUUUUCUGACCAUAAGAGCUUGAAGUACCUCUUUUCGCAGUCUGAGUUGAACAUGAGACAGAGGUGCUGGAUGGAGCUCCUGAAGGACUAUGAUUUCGAUCUUCAGUACCACCCAAGCAAGGCGAACGUGGUGGCGGAUGCCCUCAGCCGUCAGCCACGAGGCCUAGUGGCGCAUAUGAUGAUUCAGGAGUGGCGAAUUGUAGAAUCAAGACUGAUCAUGAUCAAGGAGCUUCUGAACAAUCUCAUCUUAGAUCUAUUUGAAGAGAAACAAGCGUCGAACUCCCGAGCUGAAGCCAUGACACCAUAUGUGUUCGAGCUUGUACCGAGCAUGUCUGGUCCCCGAGGGAUGCUCGGAUUUGUACAAUCUGCCCAGCUAAUCGAGGACUCAGCCUCGACAGACGGCAAGAAAACCAACCAGUUCGACAAGAUCAAGGGAAUGGUCAUCCAGAACGAUGAAUCUCGCUGA